CUGGUCAAAAAAAAUUCCAACUGAACCGGUGACGUGGACGGUAAAGUGGGAAUAUAUAAAAGAGUGGCUGCAUUUAGGGAAUUACGCGAAUUCCUAACCUUGUUUAGGGAAAGCGCUCACAUAAAACUCUUUUGUAUCUUGCUUGCUCAAGUCGUUCUGUUUAUGUUUCUUCUUUUUUAAAGACCAGUCAGCUCUGAAACAACACUUACAAUCAAAACUCAACAAUCCAAUUUUUAAUCAAGACAAGAAUUUCAAUUGUUAAACUCCAAUUUUAAUAUUACAACAAUUUAAACAAUAACGUCAAUUGCCCAAUUGCAAUUCAAAAUCCCCAAAUUCCAAACCCUCUGAUUUUUUCAAAGACCUAAUAAUUAAAUCACACUCUCCUAUCCUCUUUGCUUGCUUCCUAAGAUUUUCAAAUUAUUCCCUUAUUUAAAGAAACCUGCGAAUCAAGCGAAGAAAGGUAUACGAUACUGUUCCAAAAAUUCAAUUUUUGUUGCGAUUUCUGUAUUUUUGAGGUGAAUUUGAUUGUAAGAGGGGGAAUUUGAAGCUGAAUUGGUGAUGUCACCUUCGGCUACUUUAAGGAGAAGGCUUCAUCACGGUGAUGUUGAUGGGAGAAGACGUGAGCAUUAUGAUUCGUCGGAUUCUGGGAGUUUAGCGGAGCCAUUGCUUGGAAAUGAUCGCGAGUAUGGUGAUAGAAAUCGGGAGCAAUAUUCUUUGGAUGAGCUUUUGGAUGAUCCAGGAAAGAAGGUCAAUCUCCAUUGGUCUUUUAUAUUUUCUCAGUUGCUCGCGCAGUGGGCUCAGUGGCUAGCAAAUAUUGUUCUUGGCUCAAGGUCACUUUUUGGGCGUCUUGUGGGUCCCGCAUUCUCAUCGCAAACACCUUUCCUUGCACCAGCUCUUACUUCAUUACAGGAAGAAAGACUCAGACACCUUCAAAGCAGGCUGAAAGUUCCAUUUGAUGGAAGCCGAUUAGAACAUCAGGAUGCUCUUAAGCAGCUGUGGAGGUUGGCUUUUCCCAACAGGGAGCUCCCACCUCUUAAAUCAGAGCUUUGGAAGGAAAUGGGCUGGCAAGGCACUGAUCCCUCAACAGAUUUUAGGGGUGGAGGAUACAUUUCACUUGAAAAUCUCAUAUAUUUUGCCGAGAAAUAUCCGGGCUCUUUCCAGUGUUUGUUGCACAAGAAAGAUGGACAGAGGGCUGAGUGGGAAUAUCCCUUUGCUGUAGCUGGCAUCAAUAUUUCAUUUAUGUUAGCACAAAUGCUGGAUCUCCAAUCUGGAAAGCCAACUUCCAAAGCCGGGGUACAUUUUCUAGAGUUACUUGCCCAGGAUGAGAUGGCAUUUGACAAUCUGUAUUGUAUAGCCUUUUUAAUGAUGGAUGCGCAAUGGCUUGCAAAACGUGCAUCGUAUAUGGAGUUUAAUGAUGUUCUGAAAUCAACAAGAGCUCAAUUAGAACGGGAGCUUGAGUUAGAAGAUAUCUGCAGCGUAAAAGACUUGCCUGCGUACAACUUAUUGAGGAGAUAAGCCUUGACCCAAUUGUAUUUCACCAGCGAAAAUUUGGGUUUCGAUCAAUUGUGAACAAUGUAGUCAUGCUUAAAGAUGUAAAAUGUUAAGUUAGAUUUUAUUCCUUUUUUUUUUUUUUAUGCGAUAGUGAUUGUGAUCAAUAUGCGUACACGUAGUUCAAAAAUUCAUACUUGUAUAAUGAAAUAAUGUUCUGCGCUUCCUUGCUUGUAUACAAAAUUUAUAUUAUACAAUAAUUAGUAUUUUUAAUUUUUGUUCA